CUUCCAAGGUAGAAGAUAUUUUUCAAGCUCCUGCCACUAACGGCGACGAUAUAUUUCGACCCACGGCCAGUAAAGUAGAGAACCUCUUUCACCGUGUUUCCUACCAAGUUAGAGGACCCAUUCCAGUCCGUAAUCACAACAAGCGAUGACCUUUUCGGAACUCCAGCCUUCAGCACCAAGGACCCGUUCCAGCCAUCCUCGGUUGAAGAAAAGGACUUGUUCCGUGCCUCACCCAUCACGCCACAAGACGUGUUCCACACCCCUUCUGACAAGCAGAGGAUUCCUUCUAUGGUUUCCUUCCAAGAUGGAGGAUCCUUUUCCAAUCACAUUUACGAAAGGAGAGGACCUUUUCCAAGCCCAGCUCGCUUCACAGAGGACCCGUUCCAAAAACGUUCCACCAAUGUACCUGACCCGUUUCCGGCAAGCCCCUUUGAGUCGAGUGACCCCUUUAGCACACCAUCCACUCAGACUCCAGAUAUCUUCCACACCGCCCCUUCAAAGGGCUUUUUUCAGAUGACCCCUGAUGCGAAGGUCGGGCAGAAUACUCCCUCAGAGAAGAGCUCAGAUGUCUUCUCCUCUUCUGAGAAGACUCACCAUCUCUUCAAGCUUCCGGCAUCCGACCCACAGCCUCUGUCCACCCUGCUCCCUCAGACAAACCGUAUGAUAUUACUCUCACCACCCCUGACGGGACCAAACAUUGCAUUGCCCAGCCCACCCCCACUAGCCUGAAACAUGGAACACUCCAGGCCAGAUCCUUAUCGCCUAUGCCAACCCCAAAUGGAACUAUCCAGGUGAACAGUGUGUCCGAUCGUCCACAACCAGCACCUCGGACCAAAGUGCACAAGCAGUCAAACCACAAGGAGCCUGAUCAUGCAGCUCCUAGACCAGCCCCUCGUGUCAGCCACACUGCUAAGAACAGCACAGCUGAGGAGGAGGAGGAGGAACAAAAUAUUUUCACAAACAUUCUGCUCAUGGGCCAGGAGAAGUGUGUCGAGGACUGGCCCGAGGACAGCCCAGAGCUGCGCUCAGACUGGAAACCAUCCGGCAAGUUCAGACUUCGACGGGAGUCAUUGAAGUUGGAAGUGGACUCUGACAGGGCAAGUGGAGAGGAAGAGAAUGGAUCUGGAAAACAGAGAACACAUAGAAAGGGGAGGAAGUUCAUCUUCUCCAAAAUCUCCAGACGAGGGUCCAAGGAUAAGUUUACGGACGACGCGAACGGCAAGGACGGCAGCUUCCUUCAAAGAGGGUCAAAGGAGGGCUAUUUAGAUGCAGAAACUCCCAAGAGAGAUGUCGAUCUCGAGGAGGAGGAACCGAAUGGAGGAAUGGAUGACCGCAAACCGAGGAAACAUCUCAAACACAGGGUGAGCCAGCUGCUUCGCAGAGGAUCCAAGGAGCAGAAACGGGAGGACGUUUCAGGGAGUCCCUCUUCCCGACGAUGUUCUGAGGACACCGGCCUGGACGAGGAAGGAGAAGACGAGAACAGCGGGAGCAACGGCCACGCGUUUAAGACGAUAAAUAAAGUGAAGGUCAAGUUCGUGCCUCGGAGAGGUUUCUCGAUCAGUCAUGAAAAGGAGAAUCCUCAAGAUGAUCCCAAAUUCACAACUCGCAGAGGUUCCAAGUUUCAGGAGAAACCGGAGGAAGAACUGAGCCGUGCUCAUGGGUAUACUCCGCAGAACAAGUCCCAGAAUGGUUUCCCGGAUGCUGGGUCUGCCCGGAAAGGUGCGGACCUCUUCUCUGCCAGGGCGAUGGAAGCUGAAGACCUGAAUGGAGCGAUGGAGGACAAACCGAAGAAAUCAAACCAAUUAAAACUUCGACGCCCCAGUAUAAAGACUUCCAAGAGUCCAGAUGAGCGGGCUCCAGAGAGCCCUCAGGACUUCUCGCGGCGAAGACACUCCAUGGAAGGUUAUCUUGACGAAGACCAUCUCCAGAAAGGUGGCAAAUGCUUCGCGGCAGAACAGUGGAAUUACGACGAGCAGAAUGGAAUGGAGGACUGCAAGCCGAAGACGACCUCCAAGUUCAAGUUCCCAAGGCGACGGAAAUCCAAGGUUGUCCAGGAAACGUUCCGGCAGGAAGACAUGGCGGUCGUUCCAGGUGCCCUCACACCCCGACGAGCGUCGACUGGGGGCUUCCUAGAUGAUGGCACUCCUCAGAAGGGUGCUCAUCUAUUCUACGCAGGACAGAAUGUCGAAGACGAGGAGGAAGAAUACAAACCGAAGAAACCUACCAACUUUAAAGGUGCUCUUAAAAAAUCCAAAGGAGGGAAGAGUCCGAGAAGAGGGGUGACUGGGCCGCCUGGAGCUACCUCUAGUGACUACUACCAUUCAGAGGCUGCUGAGGCGGAGUGGUGCUCAGCCCAGAUGGACGGGCGGCUGCCAGGGGGUCUGGAGGGCGAAGAAGAGGAGGAGGAGGAGGAGGAGGAGGAGGAGGAGGAAGAGGAAGGGGACACCGACAGCUUGAUGGAGUGGUGGAACACCGUGGAACAAUGGGAUGAGCUGCCCUCGGAUGAUGAAGACAAGACUCUGAAAGUGGAUGAGACCAAGUCGUUCACCUUCCUGGCCGAGAAGGUCCACCGCGCCCUGCGCGUCUUCAACAAGCUCUACACCGAGCGCGCCGAGGUCCUCUGGCAGCACGUCAUGACGCUGGGCGCCAUCGCCGAAGACAUCAGCAACUUCCACCGGAAGGCCAAGAUCGGCAACAUCACCGGCGGCACCACGGCGGCCGUGGGCGGGGUGGCGGCCAUCGCCGGCAUCGCCCUGGCGCCCGUCACGUUGGGCAUCUCGCUCAUCGUGACGGCGGUGGGCAUCGGCGUGGCGGCGGCGGGCGGGAUCACGACGGCCACGGCGACCAUCUCGGACAACGUGAACAACAUGCAGGACUGCAAGAAGGCGGAGGUGGUGCUGCAGGACUUUGAGGCCAGGCUGGAGGACUUGGCCAAGGUGCUGAGGUACAUCGUGCAGGGCCUCUUCAAGCUCAGGGUGCACUCCCUCCUCAGAGCUGGCACACAGCACUACUCUGGAGACUGGGAGGUGAGACGGGCCGUCCAGAUGGUCAGCCUCGUGGACCGGCCUGCUCUGCGAGCCGGGGAGGUGACCGAGAGCUUGCUGACGGCCGUGAGGUCCCUGUUCCAGGGCAUGGACAAGUACUUCACCAAAGACUCACGGGAGUUGAAGAAGGGAUGCAAGAAGGAGGUGGUGUCCCUGAUCAAGUCUCUGGCCCACCAGCUGCACCGAGGGCUGGUGGAACUCAACGCCAUCCGGGAGGAGCUACAGGAUGCCAAUGGGGGGCCGGUCAACAUGAAUAUAUUCAAAAGGGACAAGGUCACCUCAGCCAGCCCAGUUGUGCCACAAGAUCAAAGCACAGAGGACAACACCAGUGCUGUGAAGACUGAGCUCCCUACAAACACUAAGGGGACAGGAGUGAUGGGAGUCAUUCAGAGGGUGAACCCGUUCAGAUCUCCUGCCCAGAACCCUGGAGUGUUGAAAGGAGUUUUUCAAAAAGUCAAUCCGUUUAAAUCUUCCACACCUACACAGGUGAAGGGGGAGGAGUCUCACACAGACACUGUGGAUCACCAGGCAACCAAUAAGCUGCCAGUAACCAAGCAGGACAGCUCGUCCCUCGACAGUGACCUGUCCUCCAGUGCUGAUAGUUUGGUUGGGAACAACAACAUCACAGAGAAGAAUGAUGCUGGCACCAGCCAGUCUGUCGAGCCGUCUGCAGUGUCAGACCCUGGUGAAGGGACCCCUGUGGACUGGGAGGACGUAUGUUUGUAUUGUGACGCCCUAGAACCCGCACUGCACCAGUCCUUAUGCUGGGAGGAGUGGAACGAGGCUAACCCGUUUGAGGAGGAUGAGGAAGUAGAGGCGGUGGAGGCGGUGGCCGACCGCGUCUUCAUGCCGCCCGCCUCUUCGUCCGCCUCUUCAACCUCCGCGGCGCGUCGCUACAGCAACGCAUCCUGGAGCUUGCUGUCGCCAGCGUCGGAGGAGGGGUCCGCAAGUGUGGCAGGAAGCAUCACCACCAUCACCGGCCUGAUCCUGGCGCCCUUCACCAUGGGGACGUCGCUCAUCGUCACGGCGGUGGGCAUCGGCGUGGCGACGGCGGGGGGCGUGGCCUCCGCCUCGGCGAACAUCACAGACACGAUGCACUCGAAGACGGACAGGAAGAAGGUGGAGAAGAUGAUCCAGGACUACCAGGAAGAGAUGAGAGACAUCAAGGAGUGUCUGGACUUUGUGCAGGUGGGCAUGGCGACCCUGGAGGAAUGGAACUUUGAGCAGUACGCAGACAGCAUCAACAAGAACCACCUCAACCAGAACGUCAAGCACGUGAUGAAGGAGGGCGGGCGGGCCGGCAAGGCCUUGCUCAUCAACACGGAGAGCCUGAUCAGCACCGUGCAGGUGCUGAGCGUGGCAGGGGGCGCCGCCAAGGCGGUCCAGGUGAUGAGCGUGGCCACGGUGAUGUCGGGCCUCUUCCUGGCUCUCGACGUCUUCUUGGCCAAGGACUCGCUGGAGCUGCGGAAGGGUGCCAAGACCGAGUUUGCGGCCAAGAUCCGUGAGGUGUGUACAGACCUCCAGAAGGGUCUCCUGGAGCUCAACCAUAUCAAGGAGGAGCUGCAGAAAACCAUGGACGGGAUGGAGGUGGAGGAGGUGGAGGUGGAAGAGGAGGAGGAGGAGGAAGACGAGGAGGAGGAGAAGGAGGAAGAGGAGGAAGAGGAGGACGAGGAGAGGGAGGAGGAAGACAAAAGAGAGGAGACGACAGAGUUUGAUUCUCUGAAACCAGUUGAGCUGGAGGAGUGAACGGACAGUGGAGCAGGAGUUAGGUGGCUGAGCGGUUAGGGAAUCGGCUAGUAAUCAGAAGGUUGCCUGUUCGAUUCCCCGCCAGGCCAAUGACAUUGUGUCCUUGGGCAAGGCACUUCACCUUGAGCAGAUGUCCACGUUUUCUGCCAAAAAUGAAAUAAUAAGCAAUGUUCUGAUGUAGCUAGUGGUACAGUCCAAAGUAAAAAAGAAAUUUAAAUAGCUGUACAAACAUACUGUGACAAAAGCGAAUGCAAUAGUGGGAUGUAGAGUGAGAUGUCUGAAUGUAGUGCCUCAAUCGAUUUAGUCUUAAAAAGGCUAGUUUUCAAAAGUCUGUUUUUUACACACUAGCCUAGUAUCUUUUAGAUACAAAAUUAUACUGUAAAUAACAUCGUAGUCUUAUGCUAGAGAAAAAUGUGUUACCGAUAUUAUUAUUUAUUUCAUUUAUUUACCUACUUCUACUGUAGAUAAACAAGAACAUGUUUUUCUGUACUAGCAAGUAAACACAAUUUUUAGGAGCUCUGAGACACUAACUGUACCUUUUGAGGCACCAACAUGCAGAGUGGAGAAAAAAAUCUAUCAACACUACUGGGGCUCUCAGCCAGUUAAAGGAAUUCAAGUAAUGAAGGAACUGACGAAACAAUGAUAAAGCGAAAUUUACCCUCCAUUUCCAGUUAAAUGUUUCCCCAUUUCAUUUCUGUGUACACUGUUUGUACCUUGCUUUGAAAAAAAGCGUCUGCCAGAUAAAUAAAAUGUCAGUUUCCCUGUG